AUGUUUCUCUUACUAUUGAUUAUUUCAAUCAUUGCCUGGCUAUCAGCCAGACAGUAUUUAAAAUCAAAACGUCUUCCACCUGGACCAACGUCUUUUCCACUCAUUGGAAAUUUGCACCAAAUUGGGUACCAACUAUGGAAAACCGGAGGAAUGGUCGCCACAUUAAACCAUUACCGAAAACAAUAUGGUGAUGUUUUCACGCUUUGGUUGGGUCCGAUUCCCCAUGUAAACAUAACAAACUACGAGAUUUCACAUGAAGUUUUUGUGAAGAACGCAACAAAAUAUGCAGACAAACAUAUUCCUCCACUUUUCGAUUUUAUACGACAAGGAAACGGAGUCUUCUUUUCAAAUGGAGACAAGUGGCAAGAACUGAGAAGGUUUUCAAUGUUGACAAUGAGAAAUAUGGGAAUGGGAAGAGAUUUAAUGGAGGAGAAAAUUAUAGCUGAACUUAAUACAAGAUGCUCAGAGCUUGAUGCCAAGUCGGUCAACGGAACUGCUGUGGAAACUGUCAAUGUAUUUUUUGACUUGACAGUUGGAAGUAUCAUCAACAACAUGCUCAUGGGUUUUCGGUUUGAUGAGAGAAACAAGAAUAGAUUUUUGACUUUCAAGCAUAUGGUAGACAAAUCCAUGGAAAAGUUUUCAGCCACUUAUUUGGUACUUCCAGUGUGGAUUCUGAAAACAUUAUUUUCGAAAAGUUUCGAUGAAUUGAUUUCCGACAACUUCAAACUAUUAGACUAUGUAUCAGAAGACGCAGUUAAAAGAUCCAGAGAUUAUAUUAAAGGAACAUAUGAGAUUGAUCCUGACAACGUAGAAGACUUUGUGGAUGCGUUCUUGCUGAAAAUGAAGCAAGACCCAAAAAGUGAAGUUUACAAUGAAGAAAACCUGAAGAUGUUAGUGUUAGAUCUAUGGAUAACUGGUCAGGAGACUACAACAAUGACGCUGAUUUCUGCUUUUAUCAGAUUCCUUAACAAUCCAGAUGUGAUGGAUAAAUUAAGAAACGAAUUGAUGAAAGUGACCAACGGAGCAUCUCGACAUCUAUCACUGAAAGAUAAAAAUGAGACUCCAUAUUUGAAUGCAACACUUGCUGAAGUCCAGAGACACGCAUCGAUUCUGAAUGUCAACUUUUGGAGGCUCAAUAAAGAGCCUACAGUAAUCGGAGGGCAUCCGGUGGAUUCUGGAUGCCUGAUUGCUGCCCAACUGAGCGCUCUUCAUACAAAUGAAAAAGUGUUUGAGGAUCCGGAGAAAUUCGAGCCAGAAAGAUUCUUGAAAAAUGAGAAUUUGAUUCAACAAGUCAUUCCAUUUGGUAUUGGAAAGCGAUCGUGUCUGGGAGAGGCUCUGGCCAAAGCAGAGCUUUAUUUGGUGAGAUAUGCAGAUAUGGUUAGACCAUUCGGGAAAAAAUCCUUCUCUGUGGACGAGCGAAAAAGCAUUGUGCGUGGUCAUGAACUCGGCGCGCAUCCGAAGAUACUUGCAACUCAGUUUAGUUGUUCUUCCAGCCAAAUUUACCGUAUUCUGAAGAAAAAUCGAGAUGAUAAUGGCGUUGUUCAUCGCCAAUCUCCAGGAAGACCCCGAACCACUUCCAGAAAUAUGGAUCGGAACAUUUUGCGCGCAUGCCGAGAAGAUCCUAGACGCACAUCUACGGAUAUUCAACUUUCUGUGACGUCUCCAAAUGAACCGGUACCAUCGAGAAGAACUAUUAGAAGACGUUUGCAAGUUGCUGGACUGCACGGACGAAGACCAGUCAAAAAACCACUCGUCAGUUUGAAAAACCGAAAAGCUCGCGUUGAAUGGGCUAAACAGCACUUGUCCUGGGGCCCCCGUGAGUGGGCAAAUCACAUCUGGAGCGAUGAAUCGAAGUUCAAUAUGUUCGGAACUGAUGGUAUUCAGUGGAUUCGACGUCCCAUUGGCUCCAGGUAUGCUCCACAGUACCAAUGUCCAACUGUGAAACAUGGAGGUGGAUCUGUGAUGGUUUGGGGAUGCUUCUCCGACACUUCUAUGGGACCAUUGAAGAGAAUCGUUGGAACCAUGGAUCGAUAUGUGUACGAAGACAUCCUGGAGAACACAAUGAGACCAUGGGCAAGAGCAAAUUUGGGCCGAUCGUGGGUGUUCCAACAGGAUAAUGACCCGAAGCAUACUUCGGGUCAUGUCGCCAAUUGGUUCAGACGUCACCGUGUGAACCUCCUAGAAUGGCCAAGUCAAUCUCCAGACUUGAAUCCCAUCGAGCAUAUGUGGGAGGAGCUGGAACGCCGCCUCAAAGGAGUCAGAGCAUCCAAUGCCAAUCAAAAGUUUGCUCAACUCGAAGCUGCUUGGAAGAGUAUCCCGAUGACGGUGGUUCAGACGCUCCUGGAGUCGAUGCCACGUAGAUGCAAGGCUGUUAUCAAUGCGAAAGGAUACCCAACGAAAUAUUAA